CAACGUUCUCGUAGACAAAAUGAGUUCCCCACCUCCUGGCCACUCGCAAUCUUCUGCCUCCCAUUCGAGCCCGAACUAUGCACAAGCAGCAGAUGAGUGGGUAGACGAUGACGACAUGGACUUCGAGGAUGAAGAUGGCACAGAAUACGCAACUGGAGAUGAAAUUUACUUUGCUGGUUCGGAUGGUCUAGAAGAGACCGAGUACUAUGACGCCGACGAAUCACUCGGACCAAUCGCAAUAGACUUCGAAACGACCGACGAUGACGAUGAGGACGGAGAAACAGCGACUGAUGCACCUUCGGAUUCAAAUGAGAAUGAAGAGGAAAGCGAGACUUCACAAGCAGAGACAGCAAGGCCACAGGCUCAGGGACGAACCAUCGCUCUCACACAACAGCAGAUCCUACAACUGCUCGGAAACACUGGACUCAGAGGUCUUUUCGCGAACGUUGUUGGUCAGCGAGGAGCACUUGCUGCUGAUGAUGAUGACGACUACGAGGACGACUCAUACCUUGGCUGGCAUGCCAUGGGCCGAAGGGCCAGACGGCCUAAGAGAGAAGGCUCAGGAUACCCCAAGGUCCCCAGUGAGGCUGGAAAAAAGCUGAUGGAGUCUGGUAACUUCGGCACCACCGAGCGUCCGCGAGGAACGUUUGGCCGCAAGAGGAAGCUAGCAUACAGGAACAUGAUGCGUGAGCUUGGAAUGGGCGGUUGCGGUGCUCAAAAGAAUGCCAACAGACUCAUAUCUCAGCACAUGAUACCUUCAACACAAGCCGACAGCAUCAUCAACUACAACCAUCCUUGUUACUCUGGACAGUUCUCCGAGGACGGCAACUUCUUCUUCUCGUGUGCGCAGGACUUCAAGGUCCGCAUGUACGAUACUUCGAAUCCGUACAAAUGGAAGUACUAUAAGACGGCGCACUAUUAUGGCGGUCAAUGGACUAUUACCGACGCGACCUUGAGUCCGGACAAUAGAUUCCUGGCAUACAGUUCCAUCAGAAGUGCAGUCUGUCUUUCUCCAACAGAUCCAGAAAACACCAUGGAUCCUACGAUAUUGGACUUUGCGGAUAUGGGUCAGGCUAGAAGAACUGGACGUGGUUGGGGUCACUUUGGUAUCUGGUCGCUACGAUACUCUGGCGAUGGUCGCGAGAUUGUCGCCGGUACCUCGGACGAAAGCGUCUAUGUAUAUGACAUUGAAACACGACAGUCAAUAUUGCGAAUCCAUGGCCACAGGGACGACGUCAAUGCUGUUUGCUACGGAGACAAAACAUCACCACAUAUUUUAUACUCUGGCUCAGAUGAUACUACAUUGAAGGUCUGGGAUAGACGAUCAAUGGGAGAUGGCCGUGAAGCUGGCGCAUUCGUUGGCCACACGGAAGGAAUUACCUACAUCGACAGCAAAGGCGAUGGCAGAUACGUUCUCAGUAAUGCCAAAGACCAGACAAUGAAGCUGUGGGAUCUGCGCAUGAUGAUGUCGACUGAGCGAUUCGACAAGAUCGACCCUGAACAAUACACCACCGGCUUCGAUUACAGAUUCGCACCUUACGAUGAGGAAGAGUAUGAGUCUCAUCCUCACGAUUGCAGUCUGGUCACUUUCCGAGGCCACAAGGUUCUCAAGACGCUCAUUAGAUGUCAUUUCUCGCCACCGGGCAGCACGGAUGGCCGUUAUGUGUAUAGUGGAAGUCAUGAUGGCUCCGUGUAUAUCUGGAACAUGGAUGCCACAUUGGCGGGCAAGAUCGAUGUGCUGGAAGCAACCAGGAACUCACGACCUGAGCGUGACGAGCGAUAUGUCGAUCGUUGGGAGCACAGCGGAGGACGCAGCCAAUGGAGUACCAUCGUCCGAGACGCCGCCUGGCAUCCCACAGCUCCAGUCAUUGCCGCAACUUCAUGGAAUGGAUGGGAUCACGGUCUAGGAACCUGCACAGUACACACCUGGAACGACGACAACGAAUCCGACGAAGCCGAGCCCAAGAUGGGAGCACGCUUGAACCCCCAACUCGAGCAAGACAGCAGAUACUACGAGGCAGCCGCCAACCGAGCGACCUCGACCAGACGAAGCCGCUUCGUGACACGAGCACAGAUGGCUCGAAAUGAUGAAGAAGCUGAAGAGUAGAUAUCUUCUGAAGACCUUGACUCUUUCGGUCUGAAGCCUUUGAACAAGUUGUCUUUGCCAUACACGGGGAAAUAAGGGGGAGUUCCUUUUCUGGUCGCUUUGGUGGUGGGGUUAUUGCACGUAUUUUAGGGUUACCUUUGGGGACACUCCUUUUAGCUUCUUCUUCUUCUUCUUUCUUUUUCUCGGAUCUGUACAUAUGGAUGGGCAUUAGUUUCGGCAAAGGGUCAGCUUCCAGAACAGAAUUUCACUCCUUCAUUGAGCCAGCAAUUCUGC